UCAUAAGUAUUCUUGAUAAAAACGCCUUGGAAUACUUGGAUUUAUUUUUCUCCAUCUUUUCUUUUCCUAAAUUUGCAACCAGGAAUAGCAAACAACCGUUCUAUACUUAUGUUUCCGUAGUUUUUCGCACCACUUAGAUCUGCUGUCACAGAAAAGGCAUUCAGGCGAGUCCUGACGAGUGUUUGGUUUUCGGAAACAAACCAGCGCCAUUUGCUCUCUGGCUGGACGUAAGCAGAGGUUGCAGAUCGAAGACAAGUUUUUGUUUUGAACCCUCAAGCCAGGUAUAAUGAAAGUUAUAUGUUACUCAUCGUAAUCAACUGUCGUACUUGUCAACCAUGGAUGAUCCAAGGAUAGAAUGGAUUCGAGACAGAGUGAAUGGCGCUUUGGAUAUAAAAGAACAUGACGUGUUUGAAGAACUACUUGAACGCGACGAUGGGGAGUUUGAAAGGAGACUUGGCAAAUUCCUAAAUGACAGUCCAGAUGAGGGAGAGUCAUCAAUUUUGUACUAUAAGAUUGUCAGAGAAGAAGAGGAGGAGGUUGAAGUAGAAUGUGAACCGGAAAUUCCUGACAUAGAGGAGGAAGAAGAAAAUUCUCCUGAAGGUGAGGGAGAGGCUGGUGAAGCUGCACCGGAAGAAGAGGAGAUACAGGCCUUACCCACCUCAGAGGCUGAUGCUGAGGAGGAAUCUUCUUCACCAAAGAAAGGUAAGAAGAAAGGCUCGAAGAAGGGAAAAACAGAGGCGCAAGAUGAAGGUGAAGCACAACCCGCAGAAACUCCAGCACCUGAACAAGGUGCUGAUGGGGAGGCCAAGGAAGAGGGUGGAGAAGAGACGGAAGAAGGAGGAGAGGAUGAUGAGGUUGACUCAGCUCCAAAAACAAAAAUCAUCAUUCAGAAAGUGUGGCGCACAUAUUUGUACAUGUGCUAUGAACACUUGCCUGAGGAAUGUGCAGACUCACAGUGUAUAUAUUUCCUGAGAAACACAUCUGGAAUGGUUCCUCUUCCCAGUUCACUGGCUGAAGCAGAGGAGACUUUGCCCAACUACUUUGAAUAUGGUGUUCUCAAUGGGCACUCAUUGGUGAUGCUGGAACAGAUCAUCUCAAUGGUGUAUAUGCCGUUACUAUCCUAUAACCAGCAUCGCAACGGCAGUGCUGAGCCUAGCUCCGUUGCCAAGGCUCAGUCAAGGGCCACAAGUCGUCAAGACACAGGGGCUUCAGGCAAAGACAUGGAAACUCCAAAGCAAACAGAAAUUGUUGAGUCCAAGUCAAAGGCUCUGCUCAGAGAUGAAUUCCUCAUCAAUAUGCAGAAAUUUUCUUCUGCAAUCACACGGACUUUGCAGCAAAUUGAGGGCGAAGUUCGUUUAGAUGUGCCUGAAAUGGAGAUCCCUGAUAAUAUUGAGGAGGCACUGAAGGAUGAGGCCUUGGUGGACUUUGUUCAUGAGAAAUGCUUAGACUGGCAGCGGCAGAUUCGCAUGGCUCUUGAUCAAUUACAGCAAAAGAAACAGCAGGGUAAUGGUCCUUUGGCAGAAAUUGACUUUUGGAGAGAGAGAAAUGCCGCUCUCAGUGCACUCGUUGAACAGCUGAGAAUUCCAAAGGUUGAACACAUGAUUGACAUUCACAUUGCCGCUGAUGGUGACUUUGAUGAGAUUCGCACAGAGUUGAACAAAUACUAUGUGGAGGCCAAGGACAACGUGCGUUUCCUUUCCACGCUUGAAAGACAUUUCAAGAAUGUGGCCCAUGGUGCAUCAUUCCAGGUGGUUACAGAAACCAUCCCGUCAAUGAUGAAUGCUUUGAGGAUGGUGUGGAUCAUCUCUCGACACUACAACAAAGAUGAGCGCAUGGUACCACUGAUGGAAAGAAUCGCUUGGGAGUUGGCGGAGCGGGUGGCCAAAGUCAUCAACAUCCAAGAACUCUUUUCAUACCCCACAGAAGAAAUCAAAGCCAGGACUGCGGAAGCGAAGAAGAUGCUGAGCACUUGGAAGGACACAUACAGGGAUGUCAGAGCAAAGAUAGAGGCUUCAGGCAGAGACCAACGUUGGGAGUUUGACCGCAAGCGUCUUUUUGAGCGCACAGACUAUAUGAGUGGCAUUUGCCAGAACUUGUAUGACAUUGCCCAAGUGCUGGAAGAGUUCUACAACAUCUUUGGACCAGAACUGAAAGCUGUCACUGGCGACCCUGAUCGCAUUGAGGAAGUUCUGUUGCGGGUGGUCAAACUUGUGGAGCCUAUUGAGCAGCUCACGUUCGACGCCUUCUCCCAGAAAGAAGCUUCACACUGGCGUCGUCUUAUGGACACGUUUUACAAAGAAGUUACAGAGAUUGAAAAUGAAGCAAAGGCCUUCAUUGAUGAGUCUUUCCAGUCUUUGCGUUCAGCAGAGGGUGCCUUUGACAUGUUGCUCAAUUUCAAGCACUUGCGUUCACGGGAGGCAAUCAACAACCAGAUGAUGCAGAAGUUCAGAGACAUUCUAGUGCAAUAUGGAAAGGAGGUGGACACAAUGGACCAGAUAUUCAUAGAGCUCCGUGACAACCCUGCACUGAACAGAAAUUUCCCUCUCAACUCUGGCUCAAUUUUCUGGGAGCGUUCCCUCUUUCACCGGAUCAAACACACUAUCAUCCGUUUUCAGUCCAUGGAUGAAAUCAUGACAUCAGACAUGGGGAAAGCCACUCGUGCAAAGUACCUGUCAGUUGGUAAAAACAUGAGAACGUUUGAGGAUUCCAAGUACGAGCAGUGGAAGGAGUAUGUGGAAAUGACACUCCCUGGUCUCCUGAAGCGCAAUCUGCUGGUCAAGCGGUCAGUACAGACACAUCCUCCGACAACCCCACAACUGGCCAGUAACUCCUUGGCUGGCCUCGAUGACAAACCAGACCAAAGGGCAUCAGUGGUGGAGAUACAAGUGACCUCAGAUCUUAAUGAGGAAAAGAGUGGUCCUACUGAUGUGGUACUUCAGAUGUUGAACACAGACUCAAAAUAUACGGUGGAUUUUGACCUGAAGCUGGCUGAAAUCAUCGCAGAAACAAAGUACAUGGAGUCGCUGGGCUUCAUCGUGCCAGAACUGGCCAGAAAUGUGGCACUGCAGGAAGAGAAGUACAUUCACUACGUUGAUGGGCUGACUCGUAUGUUGACCAGGUAUCACUGCCUUCUUGCCUCUCUGGACCACGCAGAGGCUGCUCUGCUGGAUGACCAUCAGAGAGACUUGAGGCGUAUGCUUCGGCCAGGUGCAAAACGUCUCAACUGGAACUCGCUGGGUAUCAAUGACUACAUUGCCAAAUGUGAAUCUGCAAUAGCCAAGUUUGAGUCGCUGGUGAACCAGAUUCAGAAGAACGCCCGUGAUAUUUACCAGCGACUGAACAUGAUUGAGCAUGCCAACAUGUUCAAAGGUCCCAAACCCAAGUAUCCUGGCCAUCUGCCUGGCUGCAAAGAGUACUUUGAGCACAUUGAACAAGAGAGAGUGAAGGACCUGGAGAUAAUGGCCCGAAAGUACCGGGCUAUUGGGCCUCUACUCACCAAGAUGGAGGGUCUUGUGGUGCACACAAACACAGGGAAAUCCCCCAAACUGGCCCGCUACUACGCCCACUGGGAGAGGAAGGUCUUUGAAGCUCUCACAAAGAUGAUCAUCAACAACCUGGUGAAGUUCAGCACUGCGCUGCACACCAACAAACCAUUGUUCCAGGUGGAGACGCUGCUGGCCGCGCCGGACGUUGUGCUGCACCCGCAGGCUAACGAGGUCUACAAACUGACUCUGCAGUGUGUGAGGGAUUGUGUGGAAGGGUCCAAAUCAUUUGUACGGUGGAUGAAUGGCAGUUGUCUUGAAUCGCCACCUCAGAAGGUGGAAGGAGAGGAUGAGUUGUUUGUGUUCAGCUUUUUCUCUGACAUUGCCAUCAACUCAGACAUCAUUGAGCUCAUGCAGAAGGUCCAGAAUGACAUCAAGAGCACGCUGACCACCCUACAGAGGUAUCUGACCAGAUGGAAGAAGUACAGGGGUGUGUGGAAGGUGGACAAACAAGAUAUUGCUGAGAAGUGGCUCCAGAAAGGUCCAAGUUCUGUUGAGUUUGACGACCGCCUGCAAUACUACAACAAGACAGUCGACGACAUCUCUGGCCUGCCAGAGACCAAAGACCAGGACUGCAUUCGCUUACACAUGGGCCAGUUGGCAAGCUCAGUGAAGGAACACGCCAAGGAGUGGAUCAAAACCCUGGGCAAGCUGUUGCAGAACUCGGCCAAAGAGUCCUUGACAAGUCUUCAUAACCUGUUGGACGACAAGUCAGAUGACCUUGAACAGACCCCAUCAACCUUGGAUGAUCUCAAGUCUGUAUUGUCCACUAUUUCGGACAUAAAGUCGAUGUCCCUGGAUGUCAUGAACAAAAUCCAGGACAUCCAAGAGAGAUACAGAACUCUAGUCAUGUAUGAGAUUCCGGUUGAUGAAAAAGAUCUGGAACUUCAAGCCAAACUUCCAGAGAUCUGGGAUGAGCUUGUGCUCAAGUCAAAGAACAUUGAUGCCAGUCUUGUCAAAGUCAAGAAAAAGUUUACAGAGAUCACUCAAGACCAAAUCACAGACUUCCAGAAAGCUCUGGCCGACUUUUCCGACCGUUUCUUGCUGGAGGGUCCUGGUGCAGUUGGCGAGGACUUGGACAGAGGUGUGGAACUUCUGAAGUUGUACAGAGAAGAGGUUGAUGGCUUGGAGGCCAGCAGGCAGGAGCUGACCAAUGCAGAGAAACUGUUUGAGCUGCCCAUUACCAUGUACCCAGAGCUGCAGAAAGUGCAGAAAGAAAUGAAUGGGUUGGACCAAGUGUACCAGAUCUACACAGACCAGAAGGUGGCCAGAGAACAAUGGUCUGAAACUCUCUGGGCCAAUUUGAACGUUCAAAUCCUGCAAGACGGCAUUGAGGGCUUUUUGAAGACUCUGCGGAAACUUCCCCGUGAAACCAAACAGAUGGCAGUCUCUAGGUGUCUGGAGGAAAAGAUGAAAGAGUUCAGAGAUUCCCUGCCGCUGUUUGGUGAUCUCAAACACGAAGCCCUGAGAGAACGUCACUGGAAGGAGCUCAUGACCAAGACGGGGCAGAAGUUUGACAUGAACCCGGACACUUUCACAUUGGCCAAUAUCUUUGCCAUGGAGCUGCACCGUUACAGAGACACAAUCGGAGAGAUUGUCACGUGUGCCUCCAAGGAAAUGGGUAUAGAAAAGGGUGUGAAAGAGGUUGAGGAGACGUGGAACAACAUGAAGUUCAGUGUCCAUGCAUACAUGAAGGGGACAUCAAAUCGUGGGUACAUCCUCGGAGCUGUGGAUGAGAUUCUCCAGAGCUUGGAUGACUCCUCCAUGAACUUGCAGAGCAUGUCUGCCUCAAGAUUCAUUGGCCCUUUCUUGAACAAUGUGCAGAACUGGGAGAAAUCACUCUCACACAUUUCUGAAGUUCUUGAUGUGUGGAUGGUUGUACAAAGGAAAUGGAUGUACCUGGAAGGUAUCUUCAUUGGAGGAGACAUCAGAUCACAACUGCCUGAGGAAGCCAAGAAGUUUGAUCAAAUUGACAAAACUUUCAAAAAGAUCAUGAAUGACACACACAAGACUCCUCAGAUCAAGCUGGCUUGCCAUGCCUCCAACAGAUUACAGGAUCUGCAGGCUUUGAGCCUCGGCCUGGAGAAAUGUCAAAAGUCUCUCAAUGACUACCUAGACUCCAAACGAAAUGCCUUCCCCAGAUUUUUCUUCAUCUCAGACGAUGAGCUUCUCAGUAUUCUCGGUUCAUCAGAUCCUGAGUGUGUUCAGGAGCAUAUGAUCAAGAUGUUUGACAACAUUGCAGCUCUGAAGUUCCAGAAAGGUCCAAACAAUGAGACCCUCGCUACAGGCAUGAGUUCUGCUGAGAAAGAAGAGAUGGACUUCCGCACCAACGUCAUAGCCGAUGGUCGGGUGGAGGACUGGAUGACCUCUGUGCUCAAUGAGAUGAGGAUCACAAAUCGGCUGAUCACCAAAGAGGCCAUCUUCUUCUACUCUCAUCAGAAGCCAAGAGUGGACUGGAUGUUGGACUACCAAGGCAUGGUGUGCCUGGCGGGCAAUCAGGUGUGGUGGACUUGGGAGGUGGAGGAUGUCUUCAGGAAGGUCAAGAAAGGUCAGAAGACGGCUAUGAAGGACUACGCCAAGAAGCUUCACAAACAGAUCGAUGAUCUUGUCGUCAAGGUGAGAUCUCCUCUGUCCAAGAAUGACAGGUCAAAGUUCAACACAGUUUUGAUUAUUGAGGUGCAUGCUCGUGACAUCAUUGAUGGAUUUGUGAGAGACAGUAUCAUGGACGCUCGAGAGUUUGAGUGGGAGUCACAGCUUCGCUUCUACUGGGAGAAGGAACCAGAUGAACUGGUGAUCAGACAGUGCACAGGAGAGUUUGGCUACGGUUACGAGUACAUGGGACUCAACGGCCGUCUGGUUAUCACACCGCUGACUGACAGAAUCUACCUCACUCUCACACAGGCCCUGUCCAUGAACUUGGGUGGAGCUCCAGCUGGCCCGGCCGGAACAGGAAAGACAGAAACCACCAAGGAUUUGGCCAAAGCUUUGGGCCUGCUUUGUGUGGUCACCAACUGUGGUGAAGGCAUGGACUACAAGGCGGUAGGCAAGAUUCUCUCGGGUCUGUGUCAGUGUGGAGCCUGGGGCUGUUUUGAUGAGUUCAACCGUAUUGAUGUCUCUGUGCUCUCUGUCAUCUCCACACAACUCAAGACCAUACAGAACGGACUGGUGCUCAAGCUAAAGAGAUUCCACUUUGAGGGGCAAGAGAUUGACCUGGAUUCGAGAGUUGGUGUUUUCAUCACCAUGAACCCAGGUUAUGCUGGACGUACAGAGCUGCCUGAGUCUGUGAAGGCGCUGUUCCGUCCAGUGGUGGUCAUUGUGCCGGAUCUGCAGCAGAUUUGUGAGAUUAUGUUGUUCUCUGAAGGCUUCCUCCUGGCUAAGAUUCUGGCCAAGAAGAUGACAGUUCUGUACAAACUGGCCAAGGAGCAGCUGUCCAAGCAGUACCAUUACGACUUCGGUCUCCGUGCCCUCAAGUCUGUGCUGGUCAUGGCUGGAGAGCUCAAGAGAGGUUCACCUGACCUGGCAGAGGAUGUGGUGCUGAUGAGAGCCCUGAGAGACAUGAACCUACCCAAGUUUGUGUUUGAAGACGUGCCACUUUUCCUGGGCCUCAUUGGAGAUCUGUUCCCUGGCCUGGACUGUCCUCGUGUCCGCUAUCCCAACUUCAACGAUGCUGUGGAGCAGGUGCUGCAAGACAAUGGCUACAUGCUUUUGCCCCACCAGGUUGACAAAGUGGUUCAGAUGUAUGAAACAAUGUUGACAAGACACACCACCAUGAUCGUGGGACCCACCGGAGGAGGCAAAUCUGUGGUGAUCAACACUCUCGCCCAGGCUCAGACCAAGUUGGGUAUCACCACCAAGCUGUUUGUCAUCAACCCAAAAGACCGGUCGGUCAUCGAGCUGUACGGUAUCCUUGACCCAGUGACCCGAGACUGGACUGACGGCCUCCUGUCCAACAUUUUCCGUGACAUCAACCGGCCCACAGACAAAAGUGAAAGGAAGUACAUUGUCUACGACGGGGAUGUGGAUGCCUUGUGGGUAGAGAACAUGAACUCUGUCAUGGACGACAACAGGCUGCUCACACUGGCCAAUGGAGAGAGAAUUCGGCUGCAGAAGCACUGUGCCAUGUUGUUUGAGGUAUUUGACCUUCAGUAUGCCUCUCCUGCCACUAUUUCUCGUUGUGGUAUGGUCUACGUUGAUCCGAAAAACCUGGGCUACAAGCCCUACUGGCAGAAGUGGGUGGCGACUCGACCCACCAAACAGGAACAAGACGACCUGAACCUGCUCUACGAGAAGUACGUGCCCAACUGCAUAGACCUGGUCAUAGAGGGUAUUCAAGAUGGCCGCCAAGGGGAGAAGAUGAAGACUAUCGUGCCCUUGACCAACUUGAACAUGGUGAACCAACUGACCAUGAUGCUGAAUGCUUUGUUGGUCAAAGAAUUCCCAGAGCCCACAGAGUUGGAGGCGCUUUUCAUCCAGUCUCUCAUCUGGUCUGUGGGUGCAUGUCUUCUGGAGGAUGGAAGAGUCAAGUUUGAUGGUUACGUCAAGUACCUGGCCUCACUGACCUUGGUACAGGAGGAAACCAAAUACGCAUCUCCCGGUGAGCUACCAGGACACCAGACCCUGUAUGAGUUCUUCUACGACGCUGAGCAGAAACAGUGGAUGCCGUGGUCCAAGAUGGUGCCCAAGUACGUCCACAACCCAGAGCUCAAGUUCUAUGAGAUUCUCGUGCCAACGGUGGACACGGUGAGAGCCACGUGGCUGCUGCAGCUGAUGGUCGGCAUCAAGAGACCAGUCGUUCUGAUUGGUGAGACUGGUACCUCGAAGACUGCCACAACUUCCAAUUUCUUGAGGACUCUGGAUCAAGACCAACAUUUGUUGUUGAACAUGAACUUCUCCUCCCGUACCACCUCCAUGGAUGUCCAGAGGAAUGUGGAGUCCAACGUGGAGAAACGCACCAAGGACACGUACGGGCCUCCGCCUGGCAAACGACUCAUCAUCUUCAUCGAUGACAUGAACAUGCCACAGGUGGACACUUAUGGCACUCAGCAGCCUAUCGCUCUACUGAAACUGCUGCUGGAACGUGGUGGAAUGUACGACCGUGGCAAAGAUCUCAACUGGAAGAACAUGCGUGACAUGGGCUAUGUGGCUGCCAUGGGCAAAGCUGGUGGUGGCAGAAACGAAACAGAUCCUCGUUUUGUGUCGCUGUUCUCUGUGUUCAACAUGACUUUCCCAGACAACGAGUCACUGUUCAAGAUCUACAACUCCAUCUUGGAGGGUCAUCUGCAGCCAUUUGUGAAAGAGCUCCAGGAGUUGUCCUCAACCAUCACCAACAUGACCAUGGAACUCUACAGUCACAUUGUGAAGGAGCUUCCUCCAACGCCAUCCAAGUUCCAUUACAUUUUCAACCUCCGAGAUUUGUCCCGCAUCUACAAUGGCUUGUGCCUCUCCACACCGGACCGCUUCAGCAAACCCGAGCAGUUCUUGAGGCUGUGGAGAAAUGAAUGCUAUCGUGUCAUCAGUGAUCGUUUAAUCAAUGAUCAGGACAAAGAGCUUGUCUCAAAAAAAGUUGGUUCUCUGCUGGAGGAGAACUUCAAGCCCCACACAGAGUACACUUCAAGGAACCCCCUCCUCUACGGAGACUUCCGCACAGCUUUGGAUGAAGGAGAGCCCAGGCUGUAUGAAGAUAUUCAAGAUUAUGAGGCCUGCAAAGCUGUUUUCCAGGAGAUUCUGGAGGACUACAAUGAAAGCAACACGCCCAUGAACCUAGUCCUGUUUGAUGAUGCUCUGGAGCAUCUGUGUCGCGUUCACCGCGUGUUGCGCAUGGACCGGGGUCACGCCCUUCUUGUUGGUGUGGGAGGCAGUGGCAAACAGAGCUUGUGCCGACUGGCCUCAUACGCUGCCGGCUGCCAGGUGUUUGAGAUCACCCUGAGUCGUGGCUACGGGGAGAACUCCUUUAGGGACGAUCUGAAGAUUCUCUACAACAAACUGGGCAUGGAGAACCAGAAGGUCUCUUUCUUGUUCACUGAUCAGCACGUCGUUGAAGAAGGGUUCUUGGAGCUCAUUAACAACAUGUUGACUUCUGGUAUGGUGCCAGCCCUCUACGCUGAUGAUGAGAAAGAGGCUAUCAUUGGACAGCUCAGAGAUGAGUCCAUGAAGGCUGGGGGAGGCCAUGCAAGGGAGAGCAUCUGGCAGUACUUCAUCAACAAGUGUGCAAACAACCUUCACAUUGUGCUUGCUAUGUCCCCUGUUGGUGAAACGCUACGUACCCGCUGCAGAAAUUUCCCAGGAACUGUGAACAAUGCCAGCAUUGACUGGUUCUUCCCUUGGCCAGAGCAGGCUCUGUAUGCUGUGGCCAGUGUCUUUGUUUCUCCGGACAACACACUGAUCCCCGACGACAAGCGGGAGGACAUUGUGGCCCACAUUGUGAUGGUGCACCAGUCGAUCGGCGUGUACAGCGCCAAGUUCCUGCAGCGGCUGCGGCGAAACAACUACGUCACGCCCAAGAACUACCUGGACUUCAUCAACACCUACCUGCGGCUGCUGGAUGACAAGGAUAAAUACAUCCUCAGUCAGUGUGAACGUCUGCAAGGAGGUCUGUCCAAGAUCGCAGACGCCAGUGCUAUGUUGGCAGUUCUCAAUGAGAAGCUGGCCGUGCAGAAGGUUGCCGUGACAGAGAAGUCUGCUGCCUGCGAGGCUCUGCUGGAGGAAAUUUCCACAGGCACCAAACAGGCAUCAGAAAAGAAGAAGUUUGCUGAGGCCAAGGGAGAGGAAAUUGCGGAGCAGAGCAAGAUUAUUGAAGUGGAGAAGAAAGAGGCUGAGGACGCCCUAGCUGAAGCUCUGCCUGCCCUGGAAGCUGCCAGAAUUGCCCUGGAUGACUUGGACAAGUCAGAUGUCACUGAGAUCAGGUCCUUUGCCAAGCCGCCCCGUGAGGUGCAGACAGUCUGUGAGUGUAUUGUCGUCAUGAGAGGCAUCAAGGAAGUCUCUUGGAAGUCGGCCAAAGGCAUGAUGUCUGAAGCAAACUUCCUCAAGGCACUCAAGGAGAUGGAUGUGGACAACAUUGGACAGAAACAGACAAACACUGUGAAAAGCCUCCUCAAGGACAUCGACAUGUCCCCUGAUCAGAUGAAGGUCAUCAGUCGUGCUGGUGCCGGCCUCCUCAAGUUUGUGGAGGCUGUGAUGGGCUACUGCGCCGUCGCCAGAGAGAUCAAACCCAAGAGAGAGAAGGUGGCAAAACUAGAGAGGAACUUCCACCAGGCUAAACGUGAUUUGGACAAAGUAACCAAAGAAGUGAACGCCCUGGAAGCUGAACUCCAGGAGCUCAACAGAAAGUAUGAGGAGGCCAUGGCAGAGAAGCAGGCCCUUGAGGAAGAGGCGAGGAUCAUGGAGAGGAGGUUGAUCGCUGCAGACAAGCUCAUCAAUGGUCUGGGCUCUGAGAACAUCAGGUGGACCAAAGACUUGGAGGACCUAAAACAGAAGCGCAUCCAGCUGUUGGGUGACUGCCUCACCAGCUCAGCCUUCCUCAGCUACGUCGGAGCCUUCAGCUGGGAGUUCCGUAACGACCUUGUCUACACAGACUGGGUCAACGACCUGCGCGAAAGGGAGGUGCCUCUCAGCGACCCGUUCCGACUGGAAGAUUUGCUCACAAAUGAUGUAGAAAUCAGCAAAUGGACAUCCGAGGGCUUGCCACCAGACGAGCUGUCCAUCCAGAACGGUAUCCUGACCACGAGGGCUAGUCGCUUCCCCAUGUGCAUUGACCCUCAGCAGCAAGCCCUGAACUGGAUAAAGAAGAAAGAGGAACCCAACAACCUUAAGGUGUGCACGUUCAAUGACCCAGACUUCCUGAAGCAGCUGGAGCUGGCCAUCAAGUAUGGCUUCCCGUUCCUGUUUCAGGACGUGGAUGAGUACAUUGACCCAGUCAUUGACAAUGUCUUGGAGAAGAACAUCAAAGGUGGCCAAGGCCGUGAGUUUGUCAUGCUCGGUGACAAGGAAGUGGAUUAUGACCCCAACUUCCGCCUUUACCUCAACACCAAACUGGCAAAUCCAAAGUAUGGACCGAACAUCUUUGGCAAGUCCAUGGUUAUCAACUACACCGUCACACUGAAGGGCUUAGAAGAUCAGCUUCUGAGUGUCAUUGUGAAGUUUGAGAGGAAAGAGCUGGAGGAACAAAGAGAAAGACUCAUCCAGGAGACCAGCGUGAACAAGAAGCUGUUGAAGGACCUGGAGGACUCUCUUCUUCGAGAGCUGGCCACCUCCAAGGGCAACAUGCUGGACAAUGUGGAGCUGGUGGAGACCCUGGAGGAGACCAAGACCAAAGCCACUGAGGUGUCAGAGAAACUGAAACUCGGUGCCAAAACCGCCAUUGAUAUUGAGAAACUCAGAGACGGCUACCGUCCAGCCGCUAAGCGGGGAGCCAUCUUGUUCUUCGUCCUGGCCGAGAUGUCGCAGGUGAACACCAUGUACCAAUACUCUCUGGCCUCGUACCUGGAAGUCUUCGAGCACUCGCUGAAGAAAAGCUUGCCUGACUCCAUCCUGCAAAAACGACUCCGAAACAUCAUGGAUACUCUCACUCACAAUAUCUACAACUAUGGGUGCACAGGUAUCUUUGAGAAGCACAAGCUGCUCUUCUCCUUCCAGAUCAACAUCAAACUGGAACAGGACAAGAAAGCUGUCGUGCAGGAGGAACUUGAUUUCUUCAUCAAGGGCAAAGUUGCUCUAGAGAAAAGCAAGCGCAAGAAGCCAUUCCCCUGGGUACCGGACGAGGGAUGGGAGGACUGCAACCGUUUGGCGGUUGAAUUCUCAGCAUUCCAAAAUCUACUUGAUGACAUUGAGCGCAACGAGAAAACCUGGAAGACGUGGUUUGACCAUGACACUCCAGAAUCUCAGCCGUUCCCUCUCAACUAUGAGCAGACACUGUCUGAAUUCCAAAGAUUGAUGCUCCUCCGUUGUUUCCGCAUUGAUCGUAUAUUCAGAGCAGUCACUGAGUACGUGACCAAGACUAUGGGAGAGAAAUACGUUACCCCGCCGAUCAUCAGCUUUGAGACUGUUUACGAGCAGAGCACCCCGACGUCGCCGAUUGUAUUCAUUCUGAGCCCGGGCUCUGACCCCGCAAGCGACCUCAUGAAGCUGGCUGAUCGGAUUGAAUUUGGUAGCAACAAGCUCAAGUUCCUCUCCAUGGGUCAAGGACAAGAGAAGGUUGCUCUUCAACUGUUGGAGACAGCUAUUUCCCGUGGCCAGUGGCUCAUGCUGCAGAACUGCCAUCUGUUGGUGCGCUGGCUCCGAGAUCUGGACAAGCAGCUUGAGAAGAUGACCAAGCCUCACCCGGACUUCCGUCUGUGGCUGACCACAGAGCCCACACCGUCUUUCCCCAUCAGUAUUCUGCAGAGAUCACUCAAGGUGGUCACUGAACCUCCCAAUGGCCUUAAGCUGAACAUGCGCAGCACAUACCACAAGAUCUCGGCCACAGCUCUGUCCGAGUGUGAGCACCCGGCCUUCUCCUCACUUGUCUUCACCUUGGCUUUCUUCCAUGCUGUGGUGCAAGAGAGAAGAAAGUAUGGAAAGGUCGGCUGGAAUGUGAGCUAUGAGUUUAACGAGAGUGACUUCCGAGUGUGCAUGCAGAUUCUCAACACUUAUCUCACCAAAGCUGUGGAGCAAGGGGAGACCAAGAUCCCGUGGAACAGUCUGAAGUACCUCAUUGGAGAGGUGAUGUACGGUGGCAGAGCCAUUGAUGACUUUGAUCGGCGUAUCCUGCGAACGUACAUGGAUGAGUACAUGGGAGACUUCAUCUUCGACACGUUCCAACCCUUCCAUUUCUACCAUGAUGAGUUUGUUGAUUACUUUAUUCCUGAGGAUGGGCCCAGGGAUGUCUAUGUUGAUUAUAUUGAAAGUCUUCCCCUAGCAAACACCCCUGAAGUGUUUGGCUUACAUCCCAAUGCUGAGAUUGGUUACUACACCCAGGCCGCCCGCGACAUGUGGUCACACCUGGUGGAGCUGCAACCACAGACUGGCGACUCUUCUUCUGGCAUCAGCCGUGAGGAUUUCAUCGACCAGAUUGCCACUGAUGUGCUCAAUAAGCUGCCUGCAGAAUUUGAGCUGGACAAGAUCCGUAAAAAUCUGGGCACAGAUAUUGGCCCAACCACUGUGGUGUUGCUACAAGAGCUGGAACGAUUCAAUUUGCUCAUUUCUCGUAUGAGAAGAUCCCUAGCCACAUUGAAGAGGGCUCUGGCUGGUGAGGUUGGUAUGUCCAGUGAGUUGGAUGAUGUGGCUCGUUCGCUGUUCAACGGGCAAAUUCCUUCCAUCUGGAGACGACUGGCCCCAGCCACUCUCAAGUCCCUUGGCAACUGGAUGAUUCAUUUUGAGAACAGAUUCAAGCAGUACAACACCUGGGUCACGGAAUCCGAGCCCCCAGUGAUGUGGCUGUCUGGCCUGCACAUCCCAGAGUCUUAUCUGACUGCCCUUGUACAGGCGACUUGCCGCAAGAAUGGCUGGCCACUAGACAAAUCCACCCUGUACACGUCCGUCACUCAGUAUUCUCAUGCUGAUGAUGUGACUGAGAGAACAACAUCUGGUUGCUUUGUCCAUGGUUUGUACUUGGAGGGAGCCGGCUGGGAAAAGGAGAACAGUCAGCUGAUAGCACAGAAACCCAAACAGCUGAUCCAGGAACUUCCUGUUCUCAAGAUCAUCCCCAUUGAGGCUCAUCGGCUCAAGCUACAGAACACGUUCCGUACACCUGUGUACAUGACCUCUCAGAGACGUAACGCCAUGGGUGUCGGUCUCGUGUUUGAAGCUGACUUGGCCACCCAUGAGCACAUCUCCCACUGGGUUCUCCAAGGUGUCUGCCUCAUCCUCAACACAGACUAGAUGCUGAAGGUCCCCACCAAGAUCUGUAAGAGCUGAAAUGGAGCAUCACUGGAUACCAACACACAUACUUUUUCUUAGCAUCACCAAAUCUAAUUUAACCGGUUGUAUGAAGGUUGUAACCAUCUAGCUGAAGUUUUAUAGAUAUAUUAAAGUUGUAUUGAAAAUGGCUGACAAUUGAUUUUGUUUACAAAACAGGAAAUAUAUUGGACAAUAUUAUCUGUUCACUAGUAGAUAUAUAUAUUUGUGACAUUUCUGUCCAAAAUUUUGUGUGGAAAACAAAAAUUCAAUAAAUUUAUAUUAUUUCCUUUGUGUACAGAAGGGUGUGUUUUACCAUUUGACUAGAAAUUUGACGUGAGGUAAAGUCUUUUUAGUAUUUUUUUCACAAGAAAAUAUCUGCUUGUUUCCACAAAGCAAUCCCAUAUUUUUGUGAAUCAACAUUGACAGAAUAACAGUGAUAGUUACUCAAAACUGUAUUGGUUAGAAGCGGACAAUCAACUGGUUUUUGUAUUUGUUAAACUUAAAUGUUGUUAAAGAUAAAGCUGCACUGUGUAUGAUGAAUUCUUUUACAACUAAUAACUGAAUCUGCUAUUGCACCUGUUAAGUUGAAGAUUGCAGCCAUGUAGAGAAAGUGAUGUAUGAAUAAUAUGUACUGAUCUUAAAGUGUUUCCAUGUUUUUCACUAGUGUGAAAUCUUUUAACUGACAACAAGCUGUGAUAUAAUUUUAAGUAUGCUGUUCUUAUGUUCCUUAGUGUAUCCUUGAUUGGUCAAAAUUUUGGCUUCAGGCAACUGUUUUAUUCAUAAGUUUAUUUAUUCCGUUGAGGAAUUGCAGUUCUUUUAGAUAAAAAAAGUGUUUUCUUUCUGAUAGAAAACACAAUAAUAUUAUUUUUUCUCUUAUAUUUCAUUCUAUGUUUGUAAACCAUAGUUCAUGUUUAAAAAAAAUUAAUAACAGAAAUGACAGGCAUAGUUUUUUUAAACCAAUGUCUUGAAUUUAAGUUUUAUCUUUUUCUUUUUUUAAUUAGUUCCUUCACAAAUGGAACUUUUCCUAUGAGUGUACUUUUCAUAACAUGGAAUGGUUUUCUUCUGAUCAGGUUUGUCAAGUAUUGAGUAGUAUUUUCCUUCUAUGUUAAAGAAAAAUGUUACUAGUUUGUCGACUGGGUUUUGUUUUCCUGUAUAAUUUGCCUUGCGUUGGCUGAAACAUUAUUGUUACUUCAAACUUUUCUAAGAUUUUACAACCUUUUGUUGAGUUCUUUUACCAUGAUAUUGAAUUUCUAUUUAUUUUAGAAGGAAGACUGAGAACGGACAGUAUGUAUAAGAGAGCUUUGACAUACGGUCAUAUAUUGCGAUAAUGCUUUGUUUUAUAUAUAUUUAUUUUAAUCACCAGUACAAAGAUACUAACGGGACAAUAAUUUUUGUUCUCCAAAUUGAAGAGCUGUUAAUUUUUUUACUCAAAUGAAACUGAUCAUCCCUAUACAGGUGAUCAAAAUAUUAUGUUCUGGAUUAUUGCUGCACAGCGAAACAAUGCCGUCCGUGAAUAAAGGAGUGAAGAAUA